UGGUGGGGUAAGGCGGAUGGAGGCGGCCGGUGAGGCCCGGAGCGCGGCCCCGGCCCCGGCCGGUGAGGAGCCUCGCGCCAAGGCCCCAGGGGACCGCCGCUGCUCCUCCUCGGCCGAGGAGGCUGCGCUGGAAGUGAGUUGGGUUCAGGGAUUUCCAAAGAAGAACUUUGGCUUUAUCAACAAUCAAACUGUCUGCUACCCUUGUGGCAAUUACAUCCUCUUCCUGAACAUUGAAACAAAGAAGACUACAGUGCUGCAGUGUCAGACUGGCCAGGUGGGAGCCUUUGCAGCGAAUAGGAACAGUCAAGUGCUCGCCUUUUCAGACCGGAAGCUGAAUCCCGUCAUAUAUAUCUACACUUUUCCAGAACUGAAUAAACUGACAGAAUUAAAAGGUAAUGCUCAGCUGGACUACACCUUACUUGCAUUUAGUUUCACAGGCCCAUAUGUAGCCAGUUACUCUUCAAUCCCAGAAUUUGUUCUUUCAGUAUGGAACUGGCAAGAAAAUAUCCUCCUGUGCAGUGAGACUCAGCCAGGGGUAACAGCAACCUCUUUAACUUUUAAUCCUAUGAAUUGGCAACAGCUGUGUUUUGUUAAUGAGAGCUCCCUUACUAUCUGGCAUAUUGAAAGGAAUAAUGAUGAGCAUCACCUUAAGCAAAACCCUGUGAAACUCCCUGAUGGACAAGGGUCUGUGAGUCCUCGUAAGGAUUUGUUUUUCCCAGUUUCUCAUAGUGAAGAUCCAUAUCAUGGCCCUGAUUUGCCAGUUUCAGCCAUUGCUGGACUGGUAGGAGAUGAAGCAGAAACAUUCAUGCCUAGAAAUUAUAUUAAGCCUUCAGUGCAUCCUACUGCCCACUGCUGGACUGCAACCUCAGAAAUUUACAUGGGCUGUAAAGAAGGAUAUGUUUUGGCAAUUGAUGCUGAGACAUGCAGUGUUUCUGUUCUUCAACAAAAACCUCUGCCUGAAUACAUGCGUAAAAUAUCGGACGUGGUGUCAUAUGUUCGUAGAGAAGUACAGAAAAAGAAAGGUGGCAAACCAAAGGAUCUGCAAAAACCAGUUUUAUUUGCCAUGGCAUUUUGUAACGAGGGACUGUAUGCAGCUGGAAGUGAGGGCAUUUUAUUCUUUUAUCACGUCAAAGGUCUGCAGUAUGAGAUGAAAAUCUGUGCUGAUAUCUUACAACCCAUAUCCAGCCUCAUAUUCUCUCCUGAUUACACCAUACUUCUGCUUGUGACUGACCAGGGGACAGUCUAUACUUACAAACCUGCCCAGAGUGGAGAAGUUGUCAAACUCUUGGAUGCGUGCAGCAGUUGUUUUCUGGCAGGUGAUUUUCUUACUCCAGGGAACAAGUACUGUGUGUCUGUAACAAUUUCAGGUGAAGUACAAGUUUGGCUCCUGGAAGAUGGAACUUGCCUCAGCAAGCUAAACAUUGAUAUUGAGGCAACUGCUAUGGCUUGCUGCCCCUCUUCCAACAGUGUUGCUGUAGGGACCAAAAGAGGUCAAAUCUAUUUCCUUGAUGUUACCAAAGUUGAAGCUCCACGAGUUGUUCACAGAAUUUUUCUUUCCAAAUUUCCAGUGCUGUCUUUGCAUUAUGAUCAGAGUGGCCAGUUCCUCAUCGCUAGAGCUACAGAAGGACAUAUCUUUAUUCUAGAUGCCCGGCCUUCAAAAUUAUUCCAAGUUCUUGGAUAUGUAGUGUUGGCAGAUGAAGUGCUGGAUCUUUCUGUAGCUUCUGACUUCAAGAAUGACUUAGUUGAAGUGGUGGUACUUCUUAAAGUAGCAGAGGUCCAGCGAGCAAGACUGGAAAUUUUUUGUCUAUCUUCAGCACUCACAACAGAUAAUGAUAAGUAUGUUAAUGCACAAGGAAUGCUUAAUGCUAGUGCCAUUAAAAAGGAGCAGUAUGAUCUGGAUUACCCUUUGAGCUCAGCAGUCAGAUUGAAGGAUAACAUUGUGUAUGGCUACUGUACCUGUGCGCCUUUCAUCUGUAAAUACCAUCUCUCUGAAGAGAAUAUGUUGGAAGAUCCAUCACUAUUUUUAUCAGAAGAGAGGACUCCUAGCAAUCAGUUUGGAGCAGGUUUCCUCUGUUUAUCACCCAACAGCCGGUGGCUGGCGUCAGCAGCAAAGGAUGGUGUUUUGUUCAUCUAUCAUACUUUUACUAUGGAUAUACUUGCUCAAAAGCAUUCUCACUCAUAUCAAGGAGGGGGAAUCAGAUCCAUGGUAUUUUCGCUGGACGGCAAAUUUAUCCUCGUUAAUGGCAAAAAUGAUGGUGCCCUGGUGUGUCUGAAAUGGAAGAAGAUAAAGAAAACUGAAGUUAAGGAAGCUGAUCUUCACUGGCAGUCUCUUCUUGCUAUACUGAACAAGUCUACUCUGAAUGAAAAUAUUGUUUUAAAAUCUAUGGCAGAAUGGCAGUUUGACCCAGAAUCCACAUCGGAAUCACUUCCAGAAGAGAAAUUUAAGGAGGCACCACUUAAAUCUUCCAACGUAGAGGUGACAGAAGAAGAUGGAAACAUCAACAGUUUGUAUUCAGCCAGUACCAAUGACAUGACAUGGAUAGGUCAGAAAAUAAAGAAGGUCAUUAAAGAAGAGACUCAGAGGUUUGCUAACCAGAAGAAAGAGCUGCAAAUGGGAAUUAAAAAGCUGCGUAAAACUAUUCAGAAGAUGAUGCUUGAAAAUGAACAGGUGCCAGACAUUGAGAAACUGGAGCAGCACGAGUUCAACCUGGAUAUUGAGGAACAGGAGAGAGCACAAGCAGAGGCUGAACAAGAAGUGGCCAGGGCAAGGAAGGAAAUUGAAAUGGAGAAUUUAGCCAACCGCUAUUUGCAGGAUGUCAUCAAACAUGAGUGCUGGGAUGCUAUGUGUGUAAAAGGACGUGCAGUUAAGUGCUUCCAUAUGGCUUGUGAAGUGAAGAAUUAUCCACUGAAGGGACACAGUGAAGAAGAGCUGGAAACUUUGGAGAAAGUUCUCUGGUUAAAGAAGAUUGAGACAGCUGAUCUUAAGGUUCAGAAGAAAAAUCUUGAGACUGAGUCUGAGACUGUAUUAUCUAAGGAAGAAGGAGAGAAGGCAGAAGAAGCAAUGACUGAUGAUAGUGCAUCUGACUGCCUGAUUGGAAGUCUGAGCUCUCAAUAUGGUGGAGACACAUCUAUCCUGUACCACCAAUGGGACUUGCACACCAGGGAGCAGAAAGUCAAUCAGAUAGUAUUACUGAAGGACAUCAUUUACAAAGUGAAAACUGCUUUUAAUAAGGAAUUUGACAUAGUUGCACAACAAAAGGAGCAGGAGAUAGCACGAGUGAAAGAAAGAAACCUGAGGAUCCGAGAAAUCUUGGCACAGCUUGACCUCCAAGUGGAAGUGUGGGAGCCGGCUCUUACAGAUGAUGAGAUACCAGAGCAAGCACUCACUGUUCAGGAUUCAGAGAUUAAAGUUGAAAAAUACUUGACUCAACAAGAGAGAGAGAAAGCAGAAAUGCUGUCUAAGCUUGAAAUGGAAAGACACCUUGCUGCUAUGGACAAUGAAAGACUGCGUGCUCUUAAUGACAUGAUGGGUGGAGUGCUAGAAGUAAAAAAGGAAGACAUCUUGAAAAUGGAUAUUCUUCCACCUCCUUUUAUAUCCAAGCCUGAGCACGUUUGGAGUGAUGAAGAAAAGAAAAUAUUUAGAGAACAUGAGAAAAAAGUCAAGCAGCUGAAUGAAGAAAAAGAAAAUUAUAGAAGGGCACUGGAAAAUGAAUUGAAGAAACUUGAAGCUUCCAUCCAGGAAACAACACAAAAUUUUGAUGAGACUGUGUGCAAACUCUCUGAAAGGAAAGUGAAAAUAGAGAUGGUCAUCUAUCAGGAAGAACUCAAAAUAGUCAAUCUCAUUUAUGCUUUACUGUUGGAUGAAGAGUUGGACACUAGAGAAGUUGGACUUCAUAAUUUCCUUAUGAAAAAGGAGAAAGAAAAAGUCAAGACUGCAAGAACAAUCCAGACUACAAAAAAUAAAAUUGAGGCUUACACAGACACCUAUGAAAAUGCAAUUGUUGAAGAGAAGAAUCUGGAAUGUGGUUUUACAAAGGAGUUUGCCGAUGUACCGGCGAAUCUCUUUGAUGAACUUUUCCAACUUUACAAACAUCGACCAAAGACCCCAAUGACAGAAAUACUUCCUGACACAGCUAACCCGUAUGGGGAUGGUUCAGGCUCAGCUGAAGAUUACAAAGAUGCACUUACCCUUUUAAUGAAAGCCGUGGAUGAACUGGAUAGUCCUGAGCACAUGCCUAAUGGCUUAGACCUGUCUAUGUGGGAACAUUUUUGUCUAGCUAGACGAAAUAAAAUGGAGAGUGAGGAGCUGGUGAAAUGGAUGGCCCUAACACUGGCAGAGAUGCAGGCGUUUCUCCAGAGAAGAAUGGAUGACAAUGAGAAGAUUAAUUCAGAAAUAGAAGACAUUUUCCAAGAACUCACUUGGCUGCAGGAGGAGAAGAUGAAACUUCAAUUGAAUUUGACUGUCCAGUUUUUGUUAAAACAAGGACAGGUAGAAUUGGAAAGUACUGAGAUCCCAGACUACGCUGAUGCCAUUCUUAUUAAUAAGAGUGUUAUUGAAGAACUGAAUUGCUCUAUCAUGGCUCAAGGACAAAAAAAAAUUGCUAGCAUGGUGGAAUGUAAAGAAUUCUCUAAAGGGAUAUUUCAGCUGGAAUGGGAACACAAGAAAAUGAGAAUGCAGAUAGACGAUCUGAAACAGAAGGCUCGGGAUAUUGUAACACUACCUAUUUCAAAAGAUCGCCAGCUAUUCCUCACUGUGCUGAACUACGACAGCCGCAUCGCCCACCACAUUUCAGUGAUGGAGCAGACUCUUGGCAUCAUGGAUAAGCUGCACAAGAAGAAUGUGAAGAACCGUCAGAAAAGAAUUAAAGACUUGGAGAAGUGCAUCAGUUUAAAAGAGCAAGCAAACUACGAGCUCGGCCUGGAGCUGAAAGAAAUGCUUGUCUCUGUUUCAGAAAGGAGGCAUAUCUUUGAGGCAGCUGACACACGGCAUGUUUCUGAAAAGAUUGCAAAGCAGCGUUACCAAAAGAUUUUGAAGCAGAAACACCUACGGGGUCUUGUAAAGGAACAGGAAGAACAGUUUGAAAUUCUUCAGGCAGAAGUUGAAAGGCUGAAAUCAAGAACAUUUCCUAUUCUUUAAAAAUCAGAGUCCAGGGACUGUUGCUGACUAAGAUCAACCUGUAGCACAUCAGAAUUCUCUGCUGAUCCACAGAGACCACUCUCCUGUAAGCGACUUUUGAAACAUGUAUGUCCAGUGCCAUUUCUUCCUAGAUUUUCAGAAGCACCUUGUAAUCUGGAACAAUCUGUACUUGUCUUUGGCAAGCACCCUUUGUCAGCAUCAGCACAGUCUUUUUCUUCAGCAUCUAUUUUGAGCCGCUUUGCCACUGUAAAAUUAGCAUUAAAUGAGCGUCUUGUUUUCCUUAAUCGCUCCCUCAGAGCUGCACUCAUUGGCUAAAAAAACCAAAAAACAAAAAACAAAAAAAAAAUCCCAGAAGGAUCAGAAUAAUCUAAUUUUUUAUCAAAUUUCAAAGAAUUGUUAACGCUGGUUAUUAUUUACAUAAAAUAUAUUGUAUAUGUAAAGAUCAUUGUAAAGCCAGACUUCCUAAUUCUCUCUAUAGCUUUCACAAACUUGAACAAAGUUAACUUCUUCCUUUCACAAGUAUUUGCACACACAGCUGCAAGACAUGGAAAGAUGUACCUCCACAUUUUCUAGGAGCAAAUCCUGUAUUCUAUUGAGGCAAACCUACUCAUCUAGUCUUUGUGCAGAAGAUAUACAGCAUAUUUCAACUUGGCUAAUUUUAUUCCAUCAAGUUCCAAUUUCCCCCUCUAGUUUAAUGGAGAUAAUGGUUGGGUUUUUUACUGUUCCAUCCCACCACACAUACACUUUCUGUAUUAGCACUAGUAUAAGACAUCUGUAUUUUACUUGAGAGUAUUAGAAAUUAUUUGUAUAAUUUUGACUUGUUCAUGCUUUGAGAUCCUUCACUGAAAAGCAUCUUAGAAGUGAUUUUUUUUUCUUCAAAGUAAGUUAACAAUUAUUUUUUAUAAUCUGUGUCUAACAUUUUUACCUGUGAAAAUAUACUAAAAUAUGGGAGAGAGGAACUGGUUAAGGAACACUUGCGAACUAGCCCUAUCCCCUAUAGGUCCGGAUGCUGAGCAUGACAGCAUCACCAUAACGCAUGCUAGGAUGAACACCAAAGUAGAGCUCAGCAUUAUGGAGACUAUACAAACUGAAAGCAGUGUACUUUGUUUAAGUGCAAGCAGAAGUCACAGAAAGUCAUUCUGUGUACACAGCAACCCAGAAAACUAGGAUUUGAGAAAACUGAAGGCGACAGAUUAAAACAAAACCACCAACAGAACCCACCACAAACCCUAAAUAGUAUUUAAAUUAUUAGUAUGGCAUUUGGGUUAUACUGCUGCUCCAUCACUUUGUAUUCACAGCAAACAUCUGCAUAUUCAGAGCAAACUAUACCAAGCACCAAGUAAGGAAGUACCUGGACAACCUUGUAGUUAUGGGUAUAAGCUACCUAUCUUUAGCCUUCCAGCAAACAGUAUCUCAGCGACUCCUGACUACUUGAUGCUUUCGCAAGCAUUUUUGUUACUAUGGAUAGUCACAUUAUUGGAAAAACAAAUAAGUUCUCAUACCUGUUUCCCUGAACUAGUCCCCUGUGGAACUGCUGUCCCAGAAUCCUUUGGAGUAUGGCACAAAGAUGGCAAUUUCUCAAGCACUGGUUCUUCCAUCUUGAGAUGGAUAGCAGUUUCUGUUAAAAGACAGAAUGAGUUAUGUAUGGUGCCAUUUUCACCCGAUUAUAAUGAGCCAUGUGGCUGCAGAAAUGAGUAAAAAGCUCUAAUAAGAAACACUAAGGCUUAUUUUCUAAUUGGUAAGUUCAAAAAAGACAUCUGCGUAAGCUACACAACUGUUUCAUGUGCUAAGUAGCAUCUUGCUUUGUGAAUGGCUUUUCUUCAGGAGGAUGAAUGACACUACUAACUGGUAUAAAGUAUCUUACUAUGAAUUUUGUAUAUUAUUUUUCCCUCACUCAUAAAGCUCUAUGGAUUUUUUUCUGUAAAGAUGAAAAAUAUUGUAAAAAGUCUUA